AUGCUGGCGGAGUCCCGCCGGACUCGAGGAGUGGGCGCCUCGAGGGCCUCUCCCUCGGACCCGCGCAGCAACAACAGCAGUAACAGUAGCAAUGGCUUCAAUCUCAGUAACACGCGCCAUAUCUUGGAUUACCUCUACCCUGAAGAGUGCCCAGCAGCAGCAACAGCAGCAGCUGCUGCAGCGGCUGCUGCUGCUGCAGCAAGUCGCCCCCCCUUUGCCAGGACAGAGCCGACCCUGUGUGUCUUCAAGACUCAGAGUCUCAAUCAAGCUUCCAUAUGGAGCAGCAGGAGCAGUGGAAGCAAAGCUAGCGAGGCAACGGCGGUGGGAGCAGAAGUUGCAGGAGAUGAGGCACCAACUGCACCCGAAGCAACCGCGGCUCCUGCUGCAGACGAGAGCAACAGGAGAAACAGAAGGAGUAGAAUCCUAGCCGCAACAGCAGCAGCCCGCAGGAGGCAGCACCAGCAGCUUUUUCUGAAGGGAGGUUGCAGCAGCUGGAUCGAUAACAUGCACGCGGAGUUUUUCUUCCUGUCUUAUCCCCUCGAUGCCCAAGUUUCCCUCCAGCUGCCCCCAGACUGUUUUUCAGUUGUCGGCUCGGUGCUGCCAUUGCUGCUGCCUACCGUCAGUUGCCUUUCUGUCGCCGGUAACACAGCAGCGAAGGCAGCAGCACCACCAAGGGGACGGUGCUUACAGAACCUACCGAUUCAUCUCCUGCAGAGCAAUACCAGCAUCACUUCGGGAGCUUCCGCGUUCAGAAGCAGCAGCAGUAGCGACGUUCUGUGGAUCUCUGAACGCAGCUGGCUGCUGCAGCAGAAGCGGCAGAGCAGCAACAACUGCAUUCUUCUGGGGCAGUUAGUGCGGGGAUCGCAGCAGCAGUCGCACCAGCAACAACAGCCAGUUACGGACUUACCGCCGGAAGUAGAGGAGAGCACGAAGCUGUUGCUGGUGCUACCGCCUCAUCUUCAAAGGCAGGUACCGUUGCUGCUGUUGCAGCUUGCCUCCAGCCUUCGGGCGCUCCAGCAGCAGGCGUCUGCUGUAGAGGCUGAGUUGCUGCUGCGGCAACAGCAGCAUGUCCAAGAACAACAGUGCCCGGGCAGUAGCAGUGCCAGCAGCAGCGGCAGUUGGCUGUGUGCGGCAAUGCUCAAUAACCCUGAUGACAUCUUUCCUUACAACGCUUGGCAGCAGCAGCAACAACAGGGACAGCAUGGCUUUACGUUGGGUUCGCUGGGGAUGCCGUUUUGCUGCUGCUUUCUACCAGGAGGGACGAGAAGGGGUAGAGGCUGCGGUAGCAGCAGCUGCUGCUGCAGCUUCUGCCACUUGGAAAACUGCCGCGUGGGGAUUGAGGAGGUUGACAGCGAUACAGAAGACGGUGAAGCAGCAACAGUAACACCAGCGGCAAGACAAGGAGCUGUUGUGGCAGCUGCUAGUGACAGCGCCGCCGUUGGCGUACACACCGGCGAUGCCGUAACAACAGCUGCAGCUGAAACAGCAGUUUCGGCUGCUACCGAACACAACGGGGGCUGGGAUGGCAGUAACGAUGCAACAGCCGCUCCAGACAACGAGAAAACAGGCAAUCGGCAGGACAUUAAAGCAGCAGCAGCCGCAACAGAAACCACAACAGAAGCAGCGCCAGCAACAUCAGCAGUAAAGAUAGCAACGACAACAGCAGCAGGGGAGACACCAGCAAUGGCAGAAGUAAAUCAGGGAGCCGACGCGGAUGAGGAAUGGGAGCUGGAUAACGCUUUAGAAGAUGCUUUAGAGAGUGUUGUAGCGGAUGCUGCCGCCGAAGAAGCCACGGCAGCAGCAACGGAAACAGCGACGCCAGUAGCAGCAACUGCAAACAAUGGUGCUGAGGACUAUGCGCUUUUCGCACUGCCUGACUCCCCUGAAACCCCUGCAGCAACAACAACAGCAGCGGCAACGCCCAGAAUGCCUGCUGUUACAUCAGAGGCCCAUUCGAUGCAACGUGACGGUUACAAUCAGGGUGGGCGCCGUUCGGCAGUACAGCAGCAGCAACAGCACCGACAGCCUUCAGUGCAGCAAGCAACGGGAGAUUUAGAUCAAGAAUUUGAAUUCGACGAUGUGGAUGUAGACGACCCACACGCUGCCGCUGCAGCUGGUGCUGAGCGCCACCCACAACGGCAACAGCAGCAACUUCACGGAAUGCGGACGCAUUCUCUGGGAGUUGCUGGAGAAGGAGCUGUAGCCGCUGGAGCAGGAGCGUCAGUUGCUGCAGGGGUGCCUCGAGGGCCACCUGGUGCAGCAGCGGCAGAAGCCGAGGCGGUGGCAGCAGCAGCUGCUGCAACAGCAGAGAACGCAUUUGUCCAAGGCAUGCUGUGGGGUGAACUUCCAGGAAGCAGCAGCUUUGUGCUGGCCCAGGGUUUUGCCGCUCUGGCGUGGAAGGAAAGCGACGCAGUAGGAGGAGCAGCAGGUGAAACAACAGCAGAUGGAGCAGCGGAGCACCUAGAAGGGGGCCGCGAUCCAGAGAGGCAGCGAGAAAGGGCAGCAGCGGCGGCAGCAGCAGCAGCGGAAGAGGAAGCAGCAACGCGUAGAGAUCUUUUGGCGGAGUUGGAGAGGAGUGCGACAGCCGCUGUACACAACAAGUCGGGCGUGCAGCAGCAGCAGCAGCUGGCUCUUUCGUUUAGGGAGACGCAAGUACUGCUCCAUCAGCAGCAAGGGCAACGGUUUUUGCUGUUGCUUCUGGCGACGCCUUCUGUGUGCUAUCUGAGCCCAUUUUCAACUGUCAUUGCCCCCAGCAUUGGCGCCGCCGCUGCUUCUCAGCGACCGCAACCGCAAGUACUCCUCCAGCUGCCGCAGCAACAGCAGCAGCAGCGGCUGCUGCGGCUCCAAGACGGGAUCGACCGGCGCAGACGGCAUUCUGCCCUUCAAAACGAUAGCAGUAGCAGUGAUCGGGACCGCUGCUCAGGCCUGGUCUUCGAGUGGGCCAGUAUAUGGGCAGCAAAGCUGCAACAGCAGCGGCUGGUGCAGCGACGACAGCAGCUUCUGCGCUGCUUUUUUCUCGACCUUAAUGAUAGCUCUGCUUCAAUGGCCGCGAGCAUGGAGUUGGGUCAUGAGGAGGGAGAAGAUUUGGCGGGGACUCCCCUAGGAGCGGGCGGCGGAGGCGGAGCCAGUGGGCUCAAGGUAGGGGCCGGUGGCCCGGGUGUGGGGAGCGAAGUAGCAGCAGCCGCAGCAGCAACAGCAGAAGGAACUGGCCCAAGCAGGGCUCAGUUGCAGAAGAUGCGGAGGCGAGCCAAGCAAGAGGUGCUAAAGAUUGACAAACAGAGGAGAAUUGAAUUGGUGAAGCAGGGGAAAAGCGCGUAUGAACUCAGGGCCUUAGCUGCAGCAGAAGUAAGACGCGUCGCUGCAGUAGCUCGUGCUACUGCCGCUGCUACUGCUAGAGUUCCUCGGUCUGGCAGCCAGAAAUAUCUCCUCCUUUCCCUUGAGUUUCUGCUGCAGGACCUCCGGCGGGAAUUUCACAUGCGGAAUCCGCUGCAAGAAUUCCUGCUGACUGCAGCAGAGUUUGGGGGGGCUCCGCUGCUGCAUGCGAAAACGGCGCUGCAGCUGUACGGGGCGUCUCCGGUGGCUGGGCGUCGGGCGCGGGUUGCGAUGUUUCGAUUUCAUCGUCCGGAUUUGCGGAUGUCUUUCGCGAAUAUUUCAAGGAAACGGUCUUCGGCUAAUAAUGCAGACAGACCGUGGAUUGUCUUGCCACCUUUCAGCAGCGAGGUGUUGCGGCGCAACGCGGAGUCAGUGGCCUUUGGGGGAUCUUCAGGUUUUGAGGAUUCUUCCUCUUCUGCGCAGCACCCAAGUGUCUGUUUCCACGAUGCUGGUGAUUUGACGCUGAGCGAUGACUGCCCUUUUGUCGUAUUCGAGCACACGGAACAGCAGCCCUUCAUCAUUAAUAACGCUGGCAUGGCCAUCCGAAUCCGCCGAUAUGUCCGGCCGCUGCAGGCUACACACGCCGGCAGCAGCAGCAGCAAUGAAGAUGCAAUACGCAGAGAGGAAGAAAGACUCCAGGGGUCUCUAGGUACUUUCGGAGGUUUGCGUUUGGUGGAACGAAACGAAAAGGCGCCUACAAUUUUUGGGACAUACAUUCCUCUUGAACCAGGCACGUCUCGUGUGCAACUGCUGCUGCUACUACAUUUGUCGGAUGCUCUGCCUGAUGUGGGAGCAGCUUGCGCCAUUGCUGCUUGGGCGGUUUCCUGUGUCAUCGCCCUAUCCGCUGCAGUGCAGCAACUGCUCCUGCUGAUGCUGCUGUGCAGGAGAGGGGCAGGCAGUGGUGGACUGUCCUCUGUUUACGGCCCUGUUGUUCCCGCAUCCUCAAAACCCAAUGUCGCCUCUGAAGGAGGAGGGCCGCUUCAACGACCCCCGAAGAGGCGAUUUCCUUCUCAUCCGCAGAAAGACGAAAGACGGAUGGAAACACUUCUUGAGGCCUAUGGUGUUUCCACCGCAAGCCAUUUCUGCCUACCCGACUUGCUUCAGCAGCUACAGCAGCAGCAACAGCAGAGCAACCGUGUUGGGGAGCGCUGA